AUGCCAGAGCUUCCAGAAGUCGAGAGAGCUGCUGCUCUGCUCAGAACGCUCGCCAAAGGGAAACAAAUCGCCAGGGUCGAAGCAGUAGAAGACAAUCUCGUGUUCUCGGACACGACUCACUCAGAAUUUGAGAAAGAACUCGAAGGUCGGACUGUGAAGGACGUCGCUCGAUAUGGCAAGGUCUUCUACUUCGACCUCGACGGGGACGGGAGAAUGCCUGUCCUUCAUUUCGGCAUGACAGGCAUGCUUCAGGUCAAGGGCCAGCUGGCGACGUAUUACAAAGAGACGCCAAGGAAAGCGUCGACCGACUGGCCUCCCAGGUUUAUGAAGUUCAUCUUACACAUCCGCGACGAGACGACAGGCAGUACCACAGAAGUAGCCUUCCUCGACGCGCGCAGGCUCGGCCGUGUACGCCUCGUCAAGUCGCCGCUGGAAGAGCCCCCGAUCUCCGCGUUAGGGUUUGACCCCAUCCUGUCCAUGCCCAAACUAGAGCCUUUCAAGGUGCAGGUCUUGAGACGGACCUGCCCAAUCAAGGCGCUCCUGCUGGACCAGUCGUUCAGCGCGGGCGUCGGCAACUGGGUCGCCGAUGAAGUCCUGUACCACGCGCGCAUACACCCAGAGCGCCGCUGCCACACGCUCGACGACACGGAACUCGCGGCCCUGCAUCUGCAAACGCACCAAGUGUGCCAGACGGCGGUCGACGUGAACGCGGACGACGCCAAGUUCCCGGGGGACUGGCUCUUCAAGCAUCGCUGGGGGAAAGGCAAGAAAAAGCACACGCUGCUUCUCCCCUCUGGAGAGCCCGCGACGAUCAAAUGGGUCACCGUCGGCGGACGGACGUCUGCCUUUGUUGCAGAGCUCCAGAAGCUGAGUGGUGGGGUGGCAGGUCGCAGCUCAAGGUCUCGUCGGCGUGCUAAGUCCUCCGCGGAAGACGAGGGCGAGGGCGAGGGCGAGAGCGAGAGCGACUUGACGCCGCUCGAGGACGAGGAAGUCCAGACGAAGCCUGGUCGCAAGAGAAAGGUUGCGGUCUUAGAGGUGACAAGGCGGACGCGCAGUAGGAAGACAUAACACUGUUCUGAAGCUGAUGGUUCGAUCACCCGGGUGGUAUAUUUAGCAAGUCUGAAGGCUACAAUCUUACAAAGUUCAUUCUCGGUAUAAGUCUGCAUCCUAUCCAAUUGAGCUGCUAGUUAUGUGGAAAGAUUUCACUGAUCUUGGUCCGACUCGGGAUAACAACGGCCUGUACCAUUCUGCCUGUUGUACCUAUCUCACAGUGUGCACGCUUAGACGUCAUAGGCACACAAUUUGCCCCAAUUUCAGCAGAUUGAAGCAGUCACAUAUCAUCCAUUCGCAGAACCAGUACCGUCCGCAGAGCCUGGAUCCUCUCGCCAAACGGUCUCCCAGAGUUGUAUCACGCUCCCAAUCAUGAACGCCCAACUGCCCCAGAAGGUCGAUAGUACGCUCUGAUAGUUGGCCUAUACGAUGCUU